AAUCAUCAUUGAAGAGAGGUUACAGAGGUAGGAGGGUACGAGCAGCGGUGGUUUGAAACCCACCGGAGUCUGUAAAGCACCUACAGCGAGCAGGAGGCUUCAUUUUGAAUCGAUAAACAAGAACAUCAGUCUGAACACCGCUGAUGACUCGGAGAUGGGACACACACAUUUGUUGUCGGCAACACAUCGCCAUGAAGCCAGCUUCAUGUUACCAAUGCCUUGCUUUCGGUUCCCUGCAGCCUGCAGCUCGGACCCUUUAAGUUAAACGGCUCCAGGGAGCUGAUCCUCUCUGACUGACAGUCUUGAUAUUUCCAUCUGGACCUGGUGAUAUGAGAGGCUCCAGGAGACGGUGAUGGAGCUCCAGGAGUUGGGCUGGCUGUGCCUGGUGGGUCUCUUCCUAACUUCCCUGCUCAUUGUGCUGGGAUGGCUGUUCCAGUAUUUGCUGACCGUGCUGCGGCUGUGGAGAUCCAGGAAGACAGCCAAGCAGGAGAGGAGAGGACCGCAGCUCUCCCUCACACAACCCCACCAGAGCCAGGCUGGAGGUGUGUGGGGCUUCCUGAUGAAGCUCCGCGCAGGCAGGGAUGGAGGCUCUGCGUCUGAGGCCGGGGUUAAAGGCUUGUUGAUGUCCCUGUUGUCCUUCAAGUCCUUCAGGGAGCACUGGCAGAGAACCUGGGUCAAAGCUCUGAACGAGCAAGCCUGCAGGCACGGGAGCUCCAUCCAGAUCACUUUUGACAGCAGCCUCCAGUUAACUGCUGCCUCUGCAAUAGAUAGUGUGACUUGCACUGACCAGUCGCCAGAGCGGAUGGUUUUACACUGUAAAUGUUGGGUGGACACUGUGACAUUUCCCGUGACAGUCACCCAGCAGUCACCAGCUGCCGUUUCCAUGGACACCUAUCAGAUCACGAUAGCACCUAUGGUGGCACAGGUGGUGGUGAGUCUGGAGGAGGUGGAGGACGAGGGUCUGCUGAUGUCCUGGACUCUUUCCAAGCAGCCAUCAUUUACUCUGACGGUGUCUCCGUGCAAGCUGCAGAGACAGGGUGCUGAGGGUGGUGCAGACCUGGACAUGAUUACAGGCCUGAUAGAGGACACUCUGUUCAGCACUCAGCCAGCCAUGGUCCUCAACCUCAAGACAUGCGCAUCCAGUCCCUUGGCCCCCAUGGACCAUCUAACAGUGGGAUUGAACUCUGUACCCCAGAGUGUCUUGGUGAGACGACUCCUGCUCCGGCAGCUCAGGGUGACCUUAAGUAAAGGUCAGUGGUCUAAAUCAGGGGAGCUGUGCUGCGUCCUGAGCCUGGACCAACCCUCCACAGAGAGGACAACCCGCUUCCUGUCUGUGCCCAGCAACCCCAAUGCCCCACUGGAAUGGAGUGAAGAAAUCACUCUGGAGCUGGGCCUCGAGACCAAAGAGCUGAGAGUACGACUUCUGGAGCGGAACGGCAAAAGGGAACAAUUCCUGCCUGGCCACGCCUCCAUCGCCUUGGACCUCCGGUGCAAAGUUCCCACUGGACAACAUACACUGUCAAUAAGCCCCGGCCACGGCUUGGCACCAAACGCUACGGUCACAGCAGAGUUACUGUAUGUGGAAACCGAGGAGCCCCGCAGUGCACACAAUGCUCUGCCACUUCGUUCCUCCCUCACCCCGACCAAGAAAGUCGAUGUGGACCGAACCAUCAUGCCAGAUGGAACCAUCGUCACCACUGUCACGACCGUCCAGUCUCGACUGAAACUGGACCGCAGUCCAGGUGAAUCUCCUCUGCGUUCACCGUCCAAAGUGGAGGUGACCGAGAAGAAACCCACCAUCCUGUCAGACGGCAGGAGCAGCACCAGCCCCAACCUCAGCAAGAGCAGCCGCCUCUCUAAUGGCCUGGAUCCCGUUGCAGAGACGGCCAUUCGGCAGCUGACGGAGUCCGCCUCCAAAGUAGCACGGAAGACGCCAACAAAGAGGAGCACGCUGAUCAUCUCAGGCGUGUCAAAGCAGGUUCCGCUCGCAGAAGAUGACUGCGCGUUAUCGAGCGGCUACGCUGCAGCCAUGGACGCAGCCAUGCACGGCAACCAUUACGGGGCGGGGCAUCACCAGGACCCAGAUGAAACCACACCCUCGGACGUGUCGGAGCGCCCGUCUGUGGACGAUGUGGAAUCAGAUACUGGUUCAACUGGUGCCUUGGAAACCCGCAGCCUCAAGGACCAUAAAGUGAGCUUUCUACAGAGCGGGACCAAGCUGUUGUUCCGCAGGAGACAUCGAGAGAAGGAGCCCUGCCUCAGCCAAUCCCACGAAGACAUCUCCAACAUGGGCAAUAACUUUGCUGCCGCCGCGGCCAUCAGCCGUAAAAAGUCUGGCAGCUUCUCCAGGCGUCUCAUCAAACGCUUCUCUUUCCGCUCAUCAGGCAAAUCGAAAGGCAAAGCUACCAACGGAGGAGCGGGCUCACUGGAUAACUGAUCAUUAGGGCGGGACAUGGGACAUCCUGACUUAAACGUUGUCUGUUGUCACUGUCGGAAGAAGAACUAAACCUUGCAAGAGUCCAGUCUUGGACAGGCUGAACACCCCAGGCGGGUUGUCAGAGGAUACCUCUGGGAGGGCUUUCCUCAGGAGAGAAGUGAUUGCACCUUCAGGACAGAAGUCACGUUUAAUCACAUGUGAUUAUGAGAACUGUUUCUUUGAGGAGAAAUCUGCUGCUCAGUGAGGGGAAGGUGAUACAGUUUGAACACAAACUACAGCGGGAGUGUUCGAGCGUGACUGAUGGUGGGAAUGCUCUUAUACUAUUUAAUGAUAUAAAAUGCCAGUAUGAUGCUAUCGGUUGCACUUUGGACUGUUUCAUAACAGCACAUGUAAAAUUCCUGAGUUAUAUAACAGUUAUUUAUUAUUAUGUGGUUCUCAUGAAACAAGUGCUAUUUAUUUUCCCCCUCCCACAAAAAAGGAGUCAUCAUGGUUGCAUCACUGUAAAAUAGAGACAUUGCUGUGUGUUUUUCCCACGCUGAUGUAAUUUUAAACACAUAGUUUGAGUAAGUUAACAAAUGCAGUCUUAUCUAGCAGUCCAUUCAUAAUUGCUUAUACGUUGGUUUUAGGAUGUUGUUCAACGUUGUAUCUUAUAUAAGAAGCAGAAAAUAAUAUAUUUAUUGUACUUUUUAUUUUAUAAAGGUACUUUCUGUGGAAUAUUAUAACGCAUUUCAGUUCGCUUCUGAAACCAGCCAGGAUCUCUCUCAGACUCAAGCCGGGCAAUAAGUUUAAACUUUUUUCUGUCGGUAUAAAAGAGAAAACAAAACAUGGUCAGGUCCUGUUCUCCUCGUGGCCGCUGUCACUCCAAUAAGUCAAACGUGCAUCUACACAUAUUACAGAGACUUAAGUUGAUGCUCAUGUGGACAUUUCAUUAAUGCAAUAACUCUCAGUCACUCUCGUUGCAGGCAAAAUAAUUUGCAGGAAAUCAUAAUCAUAAACUAAACAUUGCAAAACCUAUCCUACAUUAAUUAUCAUAAUGUGUCUUUUUAAAUACAAGUCUCACAUGAGUGACAGUACUGUACCAGUUCUGCAGUUUCGAUUGGUAAAACAGAACUUUGAGAUUGAUGCUCUGCUCGAAGUUCACGACAGCAUAAUGGGUGGAGUCGACAUACUCAGGGCUAGAAAUGAAACGGUUACUAGCAACUAGAGAUAAGAGGAAACCUGCUGUGUCCUUCAAAGGCAAACAGAAGCAGUGUGUAAAAAUGUACAUACAUUUUUGGCCAUUUGUGUUUUUGUCAGAGAAAAUCAAAAAUCCUUUAACUGACUGCAUCGAUUAUGAGACUUCAGAACAACCAAACUAAAUGAUUUUGAGAACAUUUGCAGGGUAUUUUGCAUCAUAGCUAAUAAUAAAAGGGAUCCAAGAAGUGGAGCCACUGCUGUCAACGGACCACAUGCUUUACAAAACUACAACCAAUUCAUAAUGCUGAAGAAAUGAAAAAAAAAAAGCCACUUCAUUGUCAAAAGACACAUAAUAAACACUAUAUCGCUGGAAUGUGAAACAGACAGCGGCUACAAAAUUUAAGAAAUGUAUGAUUUUUGUUGUUAUAUUUGAAAUGUUUAAUUUAUUGCAAAUAAAUUA